UAAAGGCUGCUGGAGUUGGCCGAGGCGCUUCAGUGCCAGGGAGCAGGUCCGGCUGGCGAGAGCGGCGCAGAAGGGACGGUAGUCUCCCAUCCCCCCAUCCCCCAUCCCCCAUCCCCCCUCUGGCCCGCCCCACCGCUUUCGCCCCGCCCCGGUCUCCUCCGCCGGAGGGGAGGGCCUUUGCGAGGGGUGCCGGUUGCUUUCCUGGGCCCGGGCCUCUCGGGGAAGUUGGCGGCACCGCCUCCUGGGACGCCUCCCUCGCUUAGCCGCUAGGGGGUGGCCAAGCGGAGACGCCCGGAGCUGGCGAGAAGCGCGGCGGUGGUGGUGGCGGCGGGAGCAGCAGCAUGACCCUGGGCUGCAGCAGCGGGAGCAGCAGACCCUGCGCCUUGCUGGCGGCGCCCUCGUCCUCGCCCGACGAGGAGGACGACGAGGAGGAAGACGAGGCGCUCUCCGACCUGGAGGACGGCGACAUCGACGUGGUGGGGCCGGCUCACGACCAUGGUCCGGCCAAGUUCAGCGAGGAGGACGACCAGGACGAGGAGGACGACGACGACGAGGCGGCGGAGGCGGACUUGCGCCUGGUGCCCAAGGCCCCGGAGCCCGCUCUGGGGGGCGACCGCCCGCCCGCCGUCCCCGCCUCGGCGCCUCCAGCCGCUCCCGCCACGCCGGUGGCCUCGUCAUCGGGCGGCGCGGCCUCGGGCAGCGGGGGCGGCAGCAAGAACCCUCUGGUGAAGCCGCCCUACUCGUACAUCGCGCUGAUCACCAUGGCCAUCCUGCAGAGCCCCAAGAAACGCCUGACGCUGAGCGAGAUCUGCGAGUUCAUCAGCGGCCGCUUCCCCUACUACCGGGAGAAGUUCCCCGCCUGGCAGAACUCCAUCCGCCACAACCUCUCGCUCAACGACUGCUUCGUCAAGAUCCCCCGCGAGCCGGGCAACCCGGGCAAGGGCAACUACUGGACUCUGGACCCGGAAUCCGCCGAUAUGUUCGACAACGGCUCCUUCCUGCGCCGCAGAAAACGCUUCAAGCGCCAGCAGCAGCAGCUCCACCCGCAGCCGCCCGACCUCCUGCUGCGCGCCGCCGCUGCCGCUGCCCUCCCUGCGGCUUUCCUCCCCGGCUUCGCUUACGGACCUUACGGCUGCAACUACGGGCUCCAGCUGCAGAACUUCCCCCCACCACCCCCAUCACCCCCACCACCACCCCACGGCCGGAGGCGGGGCAGCGCGGAGGGCACUUUCCCCUUCCAGCCUCCGCCGUGCGCCCUGCCCGCGCCGCCUGGCCCCGCAGCCUCGGCGGCCGCCCCGUCGGUCUUCUCCGGCGGCCUCUCGUCCUUCCUGGGCGCCGAGCUGAGUUGCAGGAAAGCCUUCUACCCGGCCGGCCAGCUCAGCCCCACCGCCUCCCUGUUGCAGAGCCUUAAGACGGACCAGGGCGCCGGCGCCGGCAAUAGGCCUUCCUUUUCCAUAGACAACAUAAUCGGGGGCGGCGGCGGCGCGGCCCCUCCGCCGCCCAGUAGUGCGGCCAGCAGCGCGCCCGCUUCGCCUUUCCCGGCGGGCCACGGCGGGGGGCAGGCGCAGGUCUUGGCGAUGCUCUCCCCGGCGCUGACGCCCAUCCCGAGCCACUUGAACCUCACCCACGACUCGCUCCUGCAGGCCGGACAGAGCUUUGCCAAUAAACUCACAAACCUCAGCAGCUGCCCUUUUUGAAAGGCCGCCAGUCCCCGAGCCCCGAUGCCAGUCGACCCCCCUCCCCCUGUCCCCCCUGUCCCCUUCCUCCUAUUGUGUGUUCAAAGGUAGGAAUCCUUCCUUUCUUGAGACUGUUUGGCGUCUGGAUUGAUUCUGGGUCUUUCUUUCUCCCUGCCAAAUAGAGGUUGGGCUCUUUGAGGCCGGCCGGGAAGAUUUCACCAUUGUGCCCUCUUUGAAAAUACGUGUGGGGGUGGGUGGGGGGAGAAUUCCGGCAACUUCUACGAGUGAACUUCUACGAGGAGUAGUUUUCUACACUGCAAACCCCAAACUAUUCAGGUGGAAGCAAUCUCCAAGGGCUCCCUUAGGUCUUGCUUCCCUGAAAGUGUUUAGGGUCCAGGGGGGCAGAAUACAGCACCCAAGUCCGCCAAAUGCUGCCCUUGAGAGCCUGGCUGUAACUUCCGGGCAAGUCUCAUAACCUGCAAAGUUCCUCUGGAGAAAGUGUUCUGAACGUGGGAGUUUCUCAGCUCCCAGCAGUACUUCGGUUCAAGGGCCAAGCACUCUACUUGCAGACAUCCGAUCCCUGUUUACUCUGAAGCAAGUCCCACUUAAUUUGCCGGGACUUACCCCCCAAGGUUCAGGCCUUCGCUUGGAGUGGGCGGUGGAUCGGACUGCCCUUCACAAGAAAAAGUCCCUGAUAUUCUUUUAUCUCAAAUGGUCUGUGAAAAAAUUGGAGCAUUUCUUUUGAAUAUCCAUGUGGCAAGAUAAUAUUGGAGUCACGGUUCCCUAAAACGGGAAGGUCAGGUUAUAUAUAUAAUAAGGCAAGAUUUCAAGCGCACGAUGGCCAGAGAUCAGGAAGUCCUCCAUUACCCAGCCUCCCGCCUCUUCUCUCCGCCCCUUCAACGUGUGUGUUUCUUGUAAAUCUGGACUGAUUUGUGUGUGUGUGUGUGUAUCUUGUGCUACAGAGCCUGCUUUACCUUCCCCAGUAGCUGUGCACCCACUCUAUUUUAUUGAAAGAAUUGUGAAUAAUUUGAUGUGGAAAAGGCAACAUAAUUUUUGUCCACCUUUGGUGUAAAUUAAUAAAUGUUUGUGAACUCUUUUAAAAGAAA